AUGGGUUUGCCGCUCGCCGACGAAUCGUUUGGCACCCCCGGGCGCAUCGACGUGCUGAUCGGGGCUUCGCUUUUCCCGCAUCUGUUGCUACCUCGCGUGGUCAGCAGCAACUCCUCCGCUCCGCCUGCUGUGCAGACCGUCCUGGGCUACGUAAUUAUGGGCAGUGUGCCCACGUUGCCUGCGCGACGUAAUAAAACAUCGCUCGCUUGUUGUUCUUAUAUUCCGCGUCCGUCUGACAUAAACUCAUUAGAAUCGGCUCUAAAACAAUUCUGGCAAAUUGAUGAGGCUCCUGUCACUCGCUCGACAAGUAAAUCAUUUGACGAGUUGGAGUGCGAGCAUUUCUACGCAGCGACCACGGAACGUGAUCCUAAUACUGGCAGGUACACAGUUGCCUUACCGUUUCACUCUGAUGUUUUCUCUUUGGGAAACUCAGUAGAUGUCGCGAAAAAACGCUUCUUCUCGCUUGAGAGAAAAUUAGAAUCCGCGCCUGAAUUACGAGCCGCCUAUAAUGACGUCAUUCGCGAGUAUAUUGAGAAAGGUUAUCUAUCUCUUGUAUCACCCGAUAUAUUCAACGACAGUCUUUCUGACUACGUUAUCCCGCAUCACGCAGUUUCGAGCCCGUACCACGCUCUCCGCACCGUACAACAGUUGGUUGAGGACGAUGGCCAUAUUUUCCCGCUCGCUCGCGCCGUCGCUUCCGACUCGCUGUAUAUGGACGAUAUAGUUUUUAGUGAACUAUCUGACUCGCGCGCUAUACAAGUCGCUAACGAAUUAAUCCUACUUUUCAAAGGGGGUUGUCAGAACAACUAG